GACAGAGUGGAAACAAGUGAGAAAGUAUUGAGAGACUACAAACAUUUACUUUUGAGUUUUGCUGCUCAAGAAUGGAAAGAAGAGAAACUAUUGGCUGAUUUUUGCAAUCUGCAACAGUUUCAGAGGAUCUUCUCCAUGAGACACUGUGACUUCUGGUUCCUAUCACCACCAUUGUAAAUCUGAGAAGCUUGAGCUCACUGCACAUUGAAAAUGAAGUUCCUCAGAAAAUACUUGGCUGAGCGCCGGAUUCAGAAGAACCGCCUGGUGACCAAAGAUGGCCAUUGCAACAUUGCAUAUGUCAGUGUGAGGUAUAGCAAGCUCUUCAUCUCUGUUCUUGAUUUCUGGACCACAUUGAUGGAGAUGCGCUGGCGUUAUGUCACCCUUCACUUAUCGGCCUCUUUCGUGUUCAGCUGGUUCAUCUUUGGACUUUUGUGGUAUUGGGUUGCCAUUGCUAAUGGCGACUUAACCUGGCAAAACCCACCUGCUAAUCAGAGCUAUUGUGUAGUGAAUAUGUUUGACAUGACCGGUGCUUUCCUCCAAUCCAUAGAGACCCAGAUGUCCAUUGGCUACGGCUUUCGGCUCAUCACCCCAUACUGCCCUAGUGCCAUCACUGUCUUCACAGUUCAGUGUGUCUUUGGUACAAUAAUAAUCUGCUUCUGGUGUGCCGUAGUUAUGACUAAAGUUGCCCGGCCCAAGAAAAGAGCCAAGACCAUCAGCUUCAGUGAGAAGGCUGUAAUCUGCGCCAAACAAGGCGUGCUCUGCUUGCAAAUACGAGUAGCCAACUUGCGCAAAAGCUUGACCAUUGGGAGCCAGAUCUACGGUAAGCUGCUUAGGACGACCGUCACACCUGAAGGUGAAUCCAUCAUCAUGGAUCAGAUUAGCAUUGAAUUUAUGGUGGACUCUGGGAAGGACAACUUAUUCUUUGUCUGCCCUUUGACCCUCUACCAUGUCAUUGAUGAAACAAGCCCAUUCUUCCACAUGACGGUUGAUAAUCUGCAGCACCAGGAGUUUGAGCUGGUGGUGUUUCUGGAUGGCACAGCUGAGUCAACUAGCUCCUCCUACCAGGUCAGGACUUCUUACAUCCCUCGAGAGAUCAUGUGGGGUUACCAGUUCCUCCCCAUCAUCUCCCGCAACAAAGAUGGAAAGUAUUGUGUAGACUUCUCCAACUUCUCCAAAGUGGUUCAUGUAGAUACUGCACCCUGUGCCUACUAUUAUCACGGGGAAAGCAACGUUCACGAUACAAGUGCCAGUACUGAUGAUGAGGGGUUUCAAGAGAUGGAAAAAACUGACCAAUCUGGUGCUUCCAACAUGUGAUGCAUUCAUGUUUAUCAUUGGAACCAACAUACUUGCUCUGUAACUGUGGGGCAUGGGAAAAAAAACUGCUUAGUUUAAUGUUUCAAUAGAAAGUUACAUUUUUAUGGUGUAUACAAGUUGUUUAUGUAAAUGUAAAAUGUUAAUUCAUGCUUUGCUUAGCACCUUUUGACCUAGUCAACAUCUAUGAUAACAAUGUCAUUGUAAUUUAUUCUGGCAUCCAAAAUAAUAUGAAUGGAGCAGCUGGGAAAGUAAGGUAUCACUUAGGGCCCCCAGAUGGUCAGAAAAUGCCUGAUAUUGCCAACCACCUUCUUGUAGUGCUGUCAUAAAUGAGCAUUCAUGCCUUCAGGAGUCUUAAAAUCCUUGCACUAUUGCUAUCCUUCAGAACACCAAUAUGAAAGCAACACAUCUACAGAUAGCUGUGUAUAACAUGAGUGUAUGAUGAAGGGGGGGCAUGAAGGGGACAUGUUCUCUUCAAUGUUUGAAGGCAAUGAACUGUCCUCCCCAAUAAUCUGUUCCCAACAUCUGUAUUUGCUUUUCAAGUGUGUUGUGUUUGUUGUUGAAUAUAGACAUAAAAAUACAACCAAAGAAAUAACUUAGAGAAUCUGUAGCUUUAAAUCACCGUUUCUUGUCCCUGGACAGAUUCAUGGUAAGGGAAAUCUAUAUACAGUCAGUAACUUUCAUAUUCCUUUACUGUAUUAGACUGAGACAGCUACACUUCUCUAAUGUUCACAACUAUCAAGGAUGUUUUAAAGCAAGACUUUGAUACUACAACACUGCCAGCUUGUUAUCAUCUGCAGGCUGUAGCUCCCCUGGGUUAAAAAUAUUAAUAUUGUAGCCUAGUUUUUUAGUGAUAUCUAGUCAGUUUAGUAGGUAUAGCAGGUUUAUUGACUUUGUUACACACAGAAAAGGGUGUUCUAGCUUCAAAAAGUGUACUUUUGUGUGUGCAUGACAGAUAUAUACGUGUAAUUAGCAUUGCAAAGUGUCAAAGUGGCAAUGAACAUGU